UCUAUUACAAAACGUUUUCCGUUAACUUCAAACGGAAAACAGCAAACGGGAGUUUCUAUUGGACAAAUGCAGUUAUGGCUGACCUUUGCUCCAGUGGUGGACCAUUCAGCCCAGUUCUUGGGUGUCACCCUGGACCAGAUCAACUGGCUGUCCAUCAUCUACAUGGUGGUGGCCAUACCUCUCAGCUUUGGGACCACAUGGAUGCUGGACACCUUAGGACUCCGAAUCACGCUGGUGCUGGGUUCCUGGCUCAACACGUUGGGAGCUGUGCUGCGUUUCGUCGGCAUCCUGAGGAGCCUUCCAAAUGCGGCCAAUUUCCCUGUUGUGAUGGGGGGCCAAACCCUGUGUGCCCUGGCCCAGCCCCUGGUUAUCUUCACUCCCACCAAGCUGGCAGCCCUCUGGUUCCCAGAGCACCAGCGGGCCACCGCCAAUAUGAUAGCCUCCAUGUCAAAUCCCCUUGGGAUUCUCAUUGCUAGCAUCUUUUCCCCUAUGAUUGUGGGGACUACCAACAACAUCCCUUUAUUGCUGUUCAUAUAUGCUGUACCAGCAGCCAUCAUCUGUCUCCUAGCAACAGUGGGGAUCCGUGAUAGUCCCCCCCCAACGCCCCCCUCAGCCAGUGCCGAAAGCUCCAACUCAGAGCCCUUCCUGGAGGGAAUCAAGCUGCUCCUGAGGAACAAGGCCUACAUGAUUAUCCUGAUUCUCCUGCUUCGGCUCGGGGAUCACUGUGUUCACUUGCUUCUCUACACUACUGGAGCAGAUUAUGUGUGUCCGACGAACUUUGCAGGACUGUGCGGAGGUCUCUUCAUUGUGUUCGGUAUAGUCGGGGCUGGCUUCCUGGGUCUCUACGUUGACAAGACCAAGAAGUUCACCAAGGUCAACAGGAGCCUCUCAGCGCUGGCCUGCAUUGCCUUUUCAGGUGGUAUCUCAGAUGCGGAAUCAGGGAAUAGCCGUGGCAGUUGCUUGUUCGCUCUGCGGCUUUUUCGGCUUCUCCAUUUACCCGGUUGCCAUGGAGUUGUCUGUGGAGUGCUCCUACCCGGUUGGAGAGGCCACCUCAGCAGGCCUUAUCUUCAUAUCAGGACAGAUCCGGUCAGUUAUCUACAGUGGGGAGAA